UCCCGCCAAAACUGCAUUUUUACAGCUGACUAAUCAAAUGUACGUAAUAGGGUAGAUACGAUCGCGUGAUGUGUGAUAAGUUAAGUGCCUUUCUAGAAUUUGGGAAAUUUCUUUAUUAUAGAAGAUUGUGAUUUCAUAAAACUUGGAGUAACAACUUUUCCAGGAAACACCUAAAGUUAUACAUUUUAUAUUCAUUUCUAAUUUUGACUAGAAGUAUUUGAUGUCAAACAUGCAGAACACUAUUCAGUUUCCUAUACGAAAAAAAUGUAAUUUCUAUGGUAAGGAUAAUGUUGUAAAAGAAAAUUUCUCUGAUGCAAGGGCAAGAUGCACACCAUUGAAAUAUACACCAGUGGUAAAAAAGAUUGUUACUCUAAGCAGUAGUGAAUCAGAUUCAGAUUCUGAGAAUAUAUUAAAGAAGCAGGAAAGUGUAACCAAAGGAAAAAUAGAUAGCAAAGCCAAUUCACCAAGACGACGGAAAUGUGAUAAAUCAGAUGAUCAACAUACUCCUACUCCACCCAAGCAAAGAAGAGCUAAGUCGCAAUCCUCUUUAACACCAUCUACUCUUUUGGAUAAAUUGGAUUUAUCAUCUGAAAAGAAAGGUAGAUUACCUCCCAAGCAAUUAUUUAUAUCUCAUUCCUGUGAAGAGGAGGAUAAACUUCUUUCCAAGCCACUUGGAUCUGACAGAUAUCAAAAUGCACGUAGAGCUUUGCAUAGUUGUGAGACUGAGGAGUUGUACGGAAGAGAAAAGGAGUUAGCUGAACUGCAAGAAUUUCUUCAGACACAUUGCAAGCAAAGGACGUCAGGUUGUUUGUAUAUUUCGGGUCCUCCUGGCACUGGAAAAACUGCUAGUCUUUUGAAGAUUAUGCAACAAACUGAACUGAGAUCCAAACUCAAGAUGGUAUAUGUGAAUUGCACUACCAUGAAAUCCGCAGCUGCCAUUUAUGGAAAAAUCAUUCAGGAGUUGUCUAUAAAAAAUGCAACGUCUAAGAAGAACAGCAAGGCCUCUGUAGAGAAAUAUCUAACAUCCGAGCAUAAAAUGCUGCUAUUAGUACUUGAUGAAAUAGACCAGUUGGAGAGCAGAAAGCAGUCAGUUUUAUAUUCUAUAUUCGAAUGGCCGUCUAUACCAAAUUCCAAACUCAUUCUUGUUGGAAUCGCUAACGCCCUGGAUCUUACAGACAGGAUAUUACCUAGAUUGCAGGCAAAAUGCGAAUUAAAGCCAACGUUAAUGCACUUUAAGCCAUAUACAAAACAGCAAAUAAGCGACAUAAUUUUGGCGAGGCUAAAUCAAGCAAAUGCCUCCAAUGUUUUUGCACCAUCUGCAAUACAGCUGCUCGCAGGCAAAGUAGCAGCUAUAUCUGGGGAUAUCAGGAAAGCUCUAGAUAUAAGCAGAAGGGUCGUGGAAUUGGUAGAGUCACAUCAAAUAGCACAAGUACUCUGUCCGACGAAUGAUAAUGAUGUAAACACAGACUUUUCAAAAAAGAAGAUCGAAGCUGAGAAGCAGGUUGAUUUAAAAACAGUAGCUACACUUUUAAACGGAGUCUAUGGCAGUACACAAAAUCUAAAUAAAGAACAGGAUACAUUCCCUAUUCAACAGAAAUUGUUGCUUUGCUCGCUGUUACUUAUCCUAAAUAAAGGAAGAAACAAAGACGUUACUGUUGGAAGUUUGCACGAGGUAUAUAAAAAGGUUUGCAAAAAGCGCAAUAUAAAUGCUGUCGAUGCUUCCGAAUUCGUAAAUUUAUGCUCAUUGGUAGAGACCAGAGGCAUUUUAAAAGUUGUUGGUAAGAAAGAGGCACGUUUGCGCAAAGUAAAUCUGCAGUGGGAUCAGGAAGAAUUGGAUGCAGUCUUGCAAGACAAGCAAAUGACAGCGGAAAUUAUUAACGAUGCGAGUUGUUUGUAAAAAUAAUUACAGAAAUUUAACGUGUUAACUUUUUCUACGUCUACACGACAACGAUCUGGAAACAUCACUUCGCGAGAAAUUGAUAAAUUGCUUUGAUGAGAUAAAAAAUACGGAAUUGAUCAGUCGAACGCGUUCUUUGUAAAAACUAAUGUUACUAAAUUAUCGUUGCCGUGCAAACGUAAUUUUUGUUACAUAUGAUUUGUUCAUGACAAGAUAGUUUUUACUUGUUGACAGUAAAAUGGGUGGUUAAAAUAAUAAAAAUGACUGGACUUCGUAAUAAUUAAUAUAUCGCAAAAAAUGUUGAUUUAUUGUUUGACUCUUAUUAAUGAGAAAUAGUAUCACAUAAUUAAUGAAUCCACUUAACAAAUAUGGUCUGAUUGUAUAUGAUGUAGUUUUGUAAGACAAUAUAUGUAUAGACCUGUAAUAAUGUACAAUUAUUUUUUUAUUUUGUAAAUUAUAUGUCCAUAUACAUGAAGAUGAGAAUGGUGCUACAAAAUUAAAAUAGAAAUCUAUUUGACCAAUAAAAAUUGAU